UCAACAUCAUCAUCAUCGAGUCACUAUCAGAGCACCACCAUAAUGCUUCCAUUGAUGAAACUCGGAACUCUGGCCAUCAGAACAAUUUCAAAGCCCAUUGCUGCUCGCCUCAAAACACAUGCUGCCGUGCACCCCAGGUUUCGUGCCGCCAUCAUCUGGAUGGCCCAGACAAAGUAUCGUUGGGCGACACAAUUGCAAAGACGUGUGCAAUAUGGACGUGCAAUAAAUGUUGCGAUCCGCCCUCUCGAUGAAGCAAAAGCUAUUGCAGCUGCUACGGAUUUUCUUGGAGAACUUGUCAUCUUCACUGUUGCAGGACUUGCUAUUGUGUAUGAGGUGAAUCGGAGCUACAAAUCAGAGGCUAAGAAGGAGGCACAACGCAAGCAAGAAUUAGAGGCACUGAAGCUGAAGGACAGAGAUUUAGAAAAAGAAGUGGAAUCUCUAAGGCUCAAGCUGCAAGAAAUGGAGAAACAAUUACAAAGAAGCAGCAGCUGGCUGGAUUACUUGAGGCUAUCAGUACUAUUCCGACAAGCUGCUGAACAACAAAAGACUGCAUAG